AUGUCCACGCCUCGAUUGUUCCUCGUCCGCCACGGCGAAACAGAAUGGUCCCUCAGCGGAAAGCACACGGGCCGCACCGAUAUUCCCCUCACUGCCAGCGGCGAGAAGCGAGUCCGCGCCACGGGCAAGGCCCUCGUUGGCCCUGAUCGCCUCAUCGUCCCGCGCAAGUUGGUACAUAUCUACGUCUCGCCGCGGAAGCGUGCCCAGCGGACGUUUGAGCUGAUAAAUCUGGGAAUAUCAGGUGACUUGCCGUGGAAGGCACACGGUGAGGGCGCCGAGAAGGGCCUGGAGUGCGGCGCAAAGAUCGAAGUGACCGAGGACGUGAGGGAGUGGGACUAUGGCGACUACGAGGGCAUCACGUCUCCCGAGAUCCGCAAGAUUCGCGCCCAGCAGGGCAUACAAGGGACCUGGGAUAUCUGGAGGGACGGGUGUCCCGGCGGCGAGAGCCCGGAGCAGGUCACCGAGCGUCUAGACCGCCUGAUUAGCGAGAUCCGCGAAAAAUGGCACAAGCCCGCCAUUGGACAACCCAAGGAAAAGGAUGUCCGUGGCGACGUGUUGAUCGUGGCGCAUGGGCACAUCCUGCGUGCCCUGGCCAUGAGAUGGGCUGGCAAGUCGCUGCAGGACGGGCCGGCGUUUUUGCUCGAAGCCGGUGGCGUCGGCACAUUGAGCUACGAGCAUCAUAAGUUGGACGAGCCGGCCAUCCUGCUCGGCGGUUCGUUCAUGGUCGAUCUUGACGACAAGUAA